CCCUGCGCAGUUCGCAUUACACCGCCGACAUGUCGCUGGCUAAGUCCGUGUACCAUCUUCUCUUCAGGAGAACGUCCACUUUCGCUGUAACCAUCAUGGUUGGAGCAGUUUUCUUCGAACGGUUAUUUGACCAAGGCGGCGACGCUAUUUUUGAGCAAAUGAACCGGGGGAAACUGUGGAAACACAUCAAACACAACUACGAGAACAAAGAGGAAGAAUAGAAGGCGGCCCGGGGUCAUCUAAGGCUGAAGUGCAACUGUUGUCACACUUCCAUCACCCAUUCUUCCUGGACUACACAUCUGAGACAAGCAGCAGUCAUCAUGGACUAUGUGUUCAAUGUCAUGCCCAGACUGACAGCGGCUACCAGAGGAGCUGUGGGAGCUGACUGGCGGUCCAGACCACCGUGAAGAUGGAGCAGCAGUUCCUGUCGCCUCGUCCCCGGCCCUUGUUGUUGUUUGUAAUGCCAUCGUUCUCCUCACAGAUUGUACAUUGUUAAAUUAAACAUGUGUAAAUGUC